AUGUCUGAGGGCAGGUUGUUGGAAAGGCGGAAGCACAAUAACAGCAUACCCUCUGGUAUCCUCCUCGAGGAGAUACACAUAAGCCUGGUUGAAGUUAUCGUUGGCUCCAACUUCCUUGACAAGUAUGAUGGGACUAAGGAGGACCUAUUUAACGCCUGA